AUGUCGCUCGCAUCCGGUGUUUCUAUCCAAGAUGAAUGCAUCACGGCAUUCAAUGACUUCCGCAUGAGCCACGGCAAGACCAAGUUCAUCAUCUUCAAGAUCGCCGACAACAAGAAGGAGGUCGUCCUCGACGAGGUCUCCAACGAGCAGGAUUAUGAGGUCUUCCGCAGCAAGCUCGAGUCUGCCCGUGACAGCAAGGGCAGCCCCGCCCCCCGCUACGCAGUCUACGAUGUCGAGUAUGAGCUCGGUGGCAGCGAGGGCAAGCGAAGCAAGAUCAUCUUCAUCUCUUGGGUCCCCAACGACACCCCUACUCUGUGGUCCAUGAUCUACGCUAGUACCCGUGAGAACCUGAAGAACGCUCUCAACAUCCACACCUCCAUCCACGCUGAUGACAAGUCCGAUAUCGAGUGGAAGACCGUCCUGGCCGAGGCCAGCGGUGGCAAGGCGGGUAAAUAG